AUGAGUGAAGAGUUUCAACAAAUUCAUGACCUAUACGAAAAACUACAUGAGAUUUUACGAACAAAUCAAUCAUUUGCACUUCAUGAUGUUCUAACUGAUAUCUCAAGGCUUGCUACACAUCUGUCAUUAGUAUUUUCGUCUAUACCUAUCGAUACUGUGGAUAUAUUUGAAUAUAUUCUCAAAUCAUGUCUUGAAUUACUGGAUACGACUGAAUUUAUCGAUAUCAUCGUUCAACAUCAUUCAGUUUUGUGGACAUCGUUCAAUGGGUCAUUGUGCAAAUCGCUGACUCAUAUUUAUGGAUCAGACAUCAUCGAUAGGAUGACAAUAUCCGCUCGACAACAAAUGUCCUACCGAUUACUUGAUCAAUUGAAACUAUCGAAAAGUUUGGAAGCUUUUCUACAAACGAGCGUCUACUCACGAUUGACAUUUAGUGAACAAAAGACACGUAGUUUCGUCGGAUGUAUUCUGAUUUUAAUCUUACGACAAUUAAGAGUUCUCAAAACGAAUUCCAUUGAUCUCGAACUCGAUAAAUAUCAAACAAAUCUUUUUCCUCGGCUAUUCCAUUUUCUCAAUGAUUAUUUCGUCACAAACGAACGCUCACAAAUGGAUCUUUUAAUUCAUGAAAUCUUAUCGUUUUUUGUUGUUAUCAGUUGUUCGACAAAAACUAUUCCAAUAUUGAUUCAGAUCGAUUGUCCACAAUUAUGUUUACAAUGGUUAACCUUACCAUAUCUCAGUCUUGAUGAAUACAAGUUCACUCUCGGAAUCAUCUGUAACAUCGCACGUCAUGAUGAUGGAGCUGCCAUUCUUCGAUACCACAAAUGUCGUCAAAUUUUAAAUCAAUUCCGUAAUGAAAUAUCCGGACAAAUUCUCGCUUUUAUUCUUGAUAAUGAACAAAAUGAAUACUUUACUCUGACCAGUUUUAUAACAAUGGUUCUAUGUUAUCAGUCGAAUGAACUGAACAACGAUUCGAUAAGAGCGUUUAUCAACGACUAUUUAAUAGAUGCAAUUUUGCGCACUAUUUAUAAUGGUAAAUUGAGAUACUUAGGAUUUCAUUUAGUGGAAUUCUGGAUCGUUGUGAUGAAAUUAUGUCGGGAUGAUUAUUAUAUGAAUUGCAUUUUAGAAAAUGAGAAACAUAUCAAAAUGCUGCAAUUAAUUACCGGAAAUUUCUUGUAUUAUUCUGAUUUAACAAGAAUUAACGAUCUUUCGAAUCGACUGACACUCAUGGCAGUGAUUAACAUUCUUUGGAGUAUUUCAUUUCAUCCACGAUAUCGAAAGGAUCUUCUUGAAGAUCUAAUAGUAAUCGAACGACUCGAAACGAUUCGUUUGAAUGAUCAACUUGACAAAGUCGUACUCUUUGAUUAUACCCCACGUCAUAUGUAUUCAUUAAAAAGAGCAGCGGACGGUGUGCUGCAUAAUUUAGGUAGUAAAACGUCAAUUCCGAUUCCACCUUGUUUUCCACCAAAGAAUUCGGUUUUUUCAUUAAGAAUAAGCUAUUCUCAUGACGAUAUGCAUUUCUGUCGAGAAUUGUAUGAUGUCUUAGUUAAAUUACCUCAACUAUCCAUAUCUAUUGAUUUUCAAAAUGGAAAAUAUCUUUGGAAUGAAGUAGCACAGACGAUUCAGCAAUGUCAUUUGGUACUCUUGCUUGUUUCUCCAUCUUUCUAUCAGAGUUUAUCGUGUCGACAAGAAUUUAUCUAUGCGACAAGCACAUUGAAAAAGUCAUUCAUUCCAAUCUUGAUCGAUGCUGAUUAUGAAGCGAAAGGUUGGCUUGAAACACGAGUAAAACAUAUUUGUUUCGGCCGAGAAGAUUUUCAAACGAAUUGCAACCAACUAUUAUCUUUGAUCGGCGAGCAACUCUCGAUAGAACUACCAUCGGUAUCAUCUCUAAGAAACUCGAAGAAUAUUCAACAAUGGAAUAGUUCGGAUGUUCAACAAUGGUUUGAGAAUCAUGGUAUUAAGUCUGAAUUGUAUGAAUUUUAUCAAUUUAAAAGUGGACAUGAGUUGUUUCUCUAUGCUCAAGCAAUGAGCGGUUAUCAGUGGACAAAAGAAUAUGAGAGAAUAAGAUUACGAUUUGAAGGAAAAUUUCAAGAACAACAACAACAUUUAUCUUCGUAUGAAUUUCUGAAAUUUAUCAAUGCAUUGGAACAUCUGAUAAAUAAGUGUUAG